AUGGCAGAGAAGAUUGCGACUGAACAGAUCGAUAGCCUGGAGGCAAAGACUGACUUUAGCUGUGGCGAGGUGUCAUGGACAGAAGAGGAGGAGACUCGAGUCCGCAGGAAGCUGGACCUUCAGAUUGUGCCUAUGGUGACCGUGCUGUAUUUGAUGUGCUUCCUCGACCGAGCCAACAUCGGCAACGCACGAAUCCAAGGAAUGGCCGAAGACCUCAACCUAGUCGGCUACCGCUUCAACUGGGCCCUCAGCAUCUUCUACAUCAUCUACCUCCUAGUCGAAGUCCCCAGCAAUAUCCUCCUAAAGAAAGUCGGACCGCGUUUCUACAUUCCCGCACUGGUCAUCGGCUUCGGCUUCGUGAGCAUGUGCACCUCCUUCGUCCACAACUUCAACCAGCUCUGCGUCGCCAGAGCCUUCCUGGGAGUCUUCGAAGGUGGAACCAUGCCAGGCAUUGCUUUCUUCCUAUCAAGCUUCUACAAACGCAAGGAACUCUACUUCCGCGUUGGCAUCUACGUCAGCGCCGCUUCCAUGGCCGGUGCAUUCGGAGGUCUCUUAGCUGCUGGACUCUCACGCAUCCCUGAAUGGGGUACCUCUGCAGCACCGAUCCAUACAUGGAGGAAUAUCUUCUUCUUCGAGGGAAUCAUCACCAUGAUCCUCGGCGGCCUCGCGCCCCUGCUUCUCCCCCAAAGCCCAGAAAUUUCCACCUGGCUCACCGACCGCGAAAGAUUCAUCGCCGCAGAACGUCUCCGCAUCGAACACAGAUCCAAUUCGAAUCAACAGGUCCAGCGCCACCAUAUCAAACGCGCCCUCCUCAACAUCAACAACUACAUCUGCUCCGCCGGCUUCUUCUGCGUAAACAUCACCGUCCAGGGUUUAUCCGUCUUCAUGCCCACCAUCCUCCGCGACCUCGGCUGGACCGCCACGCGAGCGCAGCUCUACUCCGUACCUGUGUACGUCUCCGCGUCCGCCGUGGCAAUCUUCAUCGCGUUCAUCAGCGACAAGACGAGGCAACGAGGUGUCUACCUGGCCGCUUUCACCUUCCUCGGCAUUACAGGCUUCGCCCUUCUGCGCUGGAACCAGGACUCCAACGUCCAGUACGGCGCCGUCUACCUCUGCGCCAUCGGCGCCUUCCCCGGCGGACCGGGCUUCUUAUCCUGGGGUAUCAACAACUCCGCCGGUCCUGCUGUGCGUGCUGUGUCGAGUGGAUGGAUUGUCACGCUGGGAACUAUUGGAGGUAUUGUGGCGACGUGGUCGUAUCUUGCUACGGAUGGACCGGACUUUCCGAUUGGACAUACUAUCAAUUUGGUGGCGCAGGUGAUGGUGCUGUGUUUGAGUGUUGGGGGGAUUGGGUAUUGUGUGUGGGAGAAUAGGUUGAGGGCGAGAGGGGGGAGGGAUGGGAGGUUGCAGGGUCUUAGUGAGGAGGAGAUUGCGGAUUUGGGGUAUAGGCAUCCCGACUUCCAGUAUAUCUCGUAG